GAAUUCAAAAAAAGAAGCUGACUUAAACGUGGCACAGGCUCGUAUGAGAGACCUUGAUGCUCAGCUGAAUGCGAAGGAAGCUGACUUAGCAACAGCUUUGAAUGAGAAACGAAGCUUGGAGAAUGACGUUCAUGAAUUAAAGGCUCAAGUAGUCACUCUGGAGCUUUCACUGGAAGAUACCAAGAAGCAUCUCCACAGUGAAAUGUUGAGGAGGGUGGAACUGGAAAAUCAUAUGAAAACUUUGCAGGAACAAAUGACGUUCCAGAAGCGCCUUCAUGAAGAUGAGCUCAAGGAGACAAAGAGAGUCCAUGAGAGCAGGGUAGCAGAAAUAGAAUCUGGCCGUCAGAGAGAAUUUGAGAGUAAGCUCUCAGAUGUUCUGCAGGGGCUCAGAAAGCAACAUGAAGAACAAAUUCAAGGAUACAAAGAGGAGCUGGAGCGAACAUUCAGUGCAAAAAUGGAGAAUGCCCAGAUAUCUGCAGCAAGAAGUGCUGACCUUGCCAAUGCUGCACAGGAGGAGCUGAUGCAAACAAAGCAGAGAAUUGAUAUUCUGACAGCUCAAGCUAAUCAAUAUCAAAGCCAGAAUGCUGCUUUGGAGAACAAAAUAAGGGAGCUACAGGAGACACUGGAUUAUGAUCGUGAACUCCAUCGAAGGCGUAUGGCUGAAAAAGAGAAAGAAAUGGCACAAGCCCAGCAGCAGACACAAGCGCAGUUGGAAGAAUAUGAGAAUCUCUUAGAUGUGAAACUGGCUCUAGAUCUGGAAAUAAAUACCUACAGAAAGAUGCUGGAAGGAGAGGAACAAAGGCUAAAGCUGUCACCCAGUCCAUCUUCACACAGCAUUACAACUCAAGCAACAAGUCAAGGGCGACGGUUUCUGCAUGGGAAGAAAAGGAAAAUGAAAGAAGCCAAGAAGAGAGGGCAUAGUGUUGGAUUUAAGACUGUUCAGCAUGCUUCAUCUUCUGGAAAUGUAUCUAUUGAAGAAAUCGAUGCAGAUGGGAAAUUUGUCAGGCUUAAAAACAACUCUGACGAGGAUCAACCACUACAUGGAUGGGUGUUAAGACGACAUCUUGGAAGUGUGUCAGAUGUAACAUACAAAUUUCCUUCACUCUUCACUCUUCAGGCAGGCCAAGUAGUUACAAUCUGGGGUGCGGCUGCUGGUGUAAGCCCAGGUCCUAGUGAUCUGGUCUGGAAGUCUCAGAAGUCCUGGGGAACUGGGGGUGAUAUUGGUGUUACACUCAUCACAGAUGAUGGUGAGGAACUUGCAGAGAGGAAGAUAAUGCAUAUACCCAGAGGAGAAGACAGUGGUGAGCAAGAUGAUGAUUAUGAAGAAGUAACUGGAAGUGAAAUGGAGUUUCCUCCUCAGCAAAAUGAGGAUCCUAGCUGUUCUAUCAUGUAA